AUGUCUCAGGAGUUAUAAAUGGGUUAGGGAAGAAAUGAUUAGCAAAAUGAAGUAGUACGAUAUGAUAGGAAGGAGAUUUAAACAGAAGGUUAAGAUGGUAAUACAUCUGAAAGAAUGACUGUUAAAAGAGAAGGUGAAGAUGCAACAUCUGAAAGAAUUGCUGUAAAGAGAGAAGGUGAAGAUGCAACAUCUGAAAGAAUUGCUGUUAAAAGAGAAGGUGAAGAUGCAACAUCUGAAAGAAUUGCUGUAAAGAGAGAAGGUGAAGAUGCAACAUCUGAAAGAAUUGCUGUUAAAAGAGAAGGUGAAGAUGCAACAUCUGAAAGAAUUGCUGUUAAAAGAGAAGGUGAAGAUGCAACAUCUGAAAGAAUUGCUGUUAAAAGAGAAGGUGAAGAUGCAACAUCUGAAAGAAUUGCUGUUAAAAGAGAAGGUGAAGAUGCAACAUCUGAAAGAAUUGCUGUUAAAAGAGAAGGUGAAGAUGCAACAUCUGAAAGAAUUGCUGUUAAAAGAGAAGGUGAAGAUGCAACAUCUGAAAGAAUUGCUGUUAAAAGAGAAGGUGAAGAUGCAACAUCUGAAAGAAUUGCUGUUAAAAGAGAAGGUGAAGAUGCAACAUCUGAAAGAAUUGCUGUUAAGAGAGAAGGUGAAGACACAACAUCUGAAAGAAUUGCUGUUAAAAGAGAAGGUGAAGACACAACAUCUGAAAGAAUUGCUGUUAAAAGAGAAGGUGAAGAUACAACAUCUGAAAGAAUUGCUGUUAAAAGAGAAGGUGAAGAUGCAACAUCUGAAAGAAUUGCUGUUAAAAGAGAAGGUGAAGAUGCAACAUCUGAAAGAAUUGCUGUUAAAAGAGAAGGUGAAGAUACAACAUCUGAAAGAAUUGCUGUUAAAAGAGAAGGUGAAGAUGCAACAUCUGAAAGAAUUGCUGUUAAAAGAGAAGGUGAAGAUGCAACAUCUGAAAGAAUUGCUGUUAAAAGAGAAGGUGAAGAUACAACAUCUGAAAGAAUUGCUGUUAAAAGAGAAGGUGAAGAUGCAACAUCUGAAAGAAUUGCUGUUAAAAGAGAAGGUGAAGAUGCAACAUCUGAAAGAAUUGCUGUUAAAAGAGAAGGUGAAGAUACAACAUCUGAAAGAAUUGCUGUUAAAAGAGAAGGUGAAGAUGCAACAUCUGAAAGAAUUGCUGUUAAAAGAGAAGGUGAAGAUGCAACAUCUGAAAGAAUUGCUGUUAAAAGAGAAGGUGAAGAUACAACAUCUGAAAGAAUUGCUGUUAAAAGAGAAGGUGAAGAUGCAACAUCUGAAAGAAUUGCUGUUAAAAGAGAAGGUGAAGAUGCAACAUCUGAAAGAAUUGCUGUUAAAAGAGAAGGUGAAGAUACAACAUCUGAAAGAAUUGCUGUUAAAAGAGAAGGUGAAGAUGCAACAUCUGAAAGAAUUGCUGUUAAAAGAGAAGGUGAAGAUGCAACAUCUGAAAGAAUUGCUGUUAAAAGAGAAGGUGAAGAUACAACAUCUGAAAGAAUUGCUGUUAAAAGAGAAGGUGAAGAUGCAACAUCUGAAAGAAUUGCUGUUAAAAGAGAAGGUGAAGAUGCAACAUCUGAAAGAAUUGCUGUUAAAAGAGAAGGUGAAGAUACAACAUCUGAAAGAAUUGCUGUUAAAAGAGAAGGUGAAGAUGCAACAUCUGAAAGAAUUGCUGUUAAAAGAGAAGGUGAAGAUGCAACAUCUGAAAGAAUUGCUGUUAAAAGAGAAGGUGAAGAUACAACAUCUGAAAGAAUUGCUGUUAAAAGAGAAGGUGAAGAUGCAACAUCUGAAAGAAUUGCUGUUAAAAGAGAAGGUGAAGAUGCAACAUCUGAAAGAAUUGCUGUUAAAAGAGAAGGUGAAGAUACAACAUCUGAAAGAAUUGCUGUUAAAAGAGAAGGUGAAGAUGCAACAUCUGAAAGAAUUGCUGUUAAAAGAGAAGGUGAAGAUGCAACAUCUGAAAGAAUUGCUGUUAAAAGAGAAGGUGAAGACACAACAUCUGAAAGAAUUGCUGUUAAAAGAGAAGGUGAAGAUACAACAUCUGAAAGAAUUGCUGUAAAGAGAGAAGGUGAAGAUGCAACAUCUGAAAGAAUUGCUGUUAAAAGAGAAGGUGAAGAUGCAACAUCUGAAAGAAUUGCUGUAAAGAGAGAAGGUGAAGAUAAUCCUUCACCAAGUAAAACCGAAACCAAUGAACAAGAAUUAAAUCAAACAUUACAUGCUGAAGCAACAAACCAAAAAAGAGAAAAUUUAGAAUUAGAAAUUAAUAGUGAAACAGAAGUCUUAAAAAAUUAAGAUAAUUAUUCAAUAGUCUUGCUUUCAUUUCCAAUCAUUAUUAUGUUAUUAGAAUGA